UACACACGGGUGGCGCUUGGCGCUGUUUUGUACGCGAAGCGAGGCCGAAGAGGAAGAAGGGACCGGCGGGCCUCAAGAUGGCGGACCAGGCGACCGACACGGCGUGCGUCGACGUCCAGCAGCGCGACGGUGGCGCCGCCUCGCCCAAGCACGUCCUCGCCAAGCCUGGCGGGUCGCCCUUCUUCCAGGAGGGCCACAUGAACGCCGGGGAGCAGCACUCCGAGGAGCUGGCCAAGAUAAUGGCGAAGAUGAUGAGCCGCUCGCCCAUGGAGAUGGGCCCCGACGGAGGACACCUGCCACCGGACGAUGUCGCCGGCUCGCAGAAGAUGCGCGACCUGCUGGCCAAGGCCGAGCAUGGCGGGGAGGAAGACGGAGACGCCGCCGUGCAGCGCAUCGAGGGCCUGGUGGCCCAGGGCAGGGACCUGCUCGAGCAGAUGAACGACACCCUCAACACCCUGCUGGCCGCCGAGCUGCACGGCGCUGGCGCCGAAGACGCCGACGUCUCGCGCUGAGCUCGUCGACGGCGACGACAGCGCUGCCUCCGGCCUCCGCUCGGGCCACCGCGGGGCACCUCGCGCAGAGGCUGCAGAAAUACACGGUUCUCUGUGGU